AUGGAUAACUUCAUUCUCGAAGUUAAAUCGCAUACACAUCUAUGGGACGUAAAUCACAUGUAUUUCCGUGAUAUACCAAAGAAAAGAGAUACAUGGGAAUUGGUAGCUGAGAAGUGUGGCAUAGCAAACGGAGAAGAAGCAAAACAGCUAUGGUCGAAGAUCAGAAGCAGUCAUAGAGAAGCGAUGAGAAGACGAGCUGAAGACAAAAAUCUACGACCUUGGAAAUACGAAGAUAUCAUGGAAUUUCUUAUAACACGCACUGUUGAUAACAAAAAUACUGACAAUUCCAUCAUCAAUACAACGGAUAAUAUCAUAAAGGAAGAUGCCGAUGUAGAAUCGAAUGCUCAACUAUCGCCAUUAAACACCGAAUCGAAUAAAUUAGAUAAUAAUCCCAUGAUUACAGUUAAAUUGACAUCACCGGUGUCUUUAAAUGUAAAUAAAAGUGUAGAUACUGCAAUAAAUCCUAUUAGAAAAGUCAAUAACAAAAGACACAGACUUCAUAAUUCGUAUUAUGAAGUUGAUAGCAAUCUAAAUGAAAGAUGGAAUAAGGUAGAGAAGAAAGUAAUUAAACAAUGCCCUUCAACAGUUAAGAGAGACAACGACGGAAUGGGUGAACUAUUCAAAUGUCUGUGCGAGAAAACAAGAAACUUGCCAAAGUAUUUGCAGCUACGUGUACAAAGGGAAAUAUUCGAAUCAAUCACAAAGGCGGAAGAAGAAGCCCUCAGCGCAUCUAGUUGUCCUGAAGUCUUUAAAAAACGGAACAAACUAAAGAUUAGGGCAACGAAAAAGUUUAUAGAAUCAACUUCGAGUGACCGUUCCUUUGAUAAAUUCACUGAUCCUUUAGAACUUACGACACACGAACAUAAGGAUACAACACAACAACAUACAAUCAGUUCCGAUCAUGUAGACUUAAUAGAUGAUCCAAUUGAAAAUAUUCAUAUCAAAACAGACCCUGAUGAAGAAAAUGUAUAG